AUGGAAAAGGAAGAUUAUAUAAAAUAUUUAAACAGUUGGUAUAGUAGACUUCGAAGUCGAUAUGUUGACUUGAUUGGUGACUUUGGAGGUAGUGAAUUGUUCGUCGUAGAGGGUGAUAGUUUGCUUUACGAAUUCCUUUGCGAUCCAGAAAGUCAUUUUCUUAAUUUUAAACAGCCAUAUGGCGGUGGUCAAUUCUUGUCCCUCACUUAUCUUGUAGAAACAUUUCUUAACAAACUCAAGCAACGUGGAUGCGUCUUCCAUCUCGUAUUUUUUCACGCACAUAAAGUGAUAUGGAAUUGUGAUCCAAAAUUUCGAAUUGCUAGAGAAAUCAUAAUUAAUCAUUUAAAAUCUUAUCAACAAGAAAGUAAAGUUCCAAUUUAUGAAUUUCCGGCUUGGUGGGAUCCACAAUUUAAUCAAUAUAUCGAUGAUAGACAACCGUUAUUUAUCUUAUCCGGUGAUGGAACCACUGUAGACGGUAUUAAAGAAUCAAAAAUUUUAUCUGAAAAAGGUCAAAAGAAAAUGUCUAUUCUUUUAAAGGGAUUAUUUUACCAUUCACUUCAUAAAGAUCUAUCUAUGGCGCUCAUACCAGGCAUGGAAUUUAGAGAUUCCAGGGCCCGGGCUUUUGUAUUUGAUCGUGGUGGUAAUGUAGAAUCAUCAACUAUCGAUAAUAUUCCAAAUAUUGUCGAGCUAUGUUCAAAUGAGGCGAUAAAUUCAAAUGAACAUGAAAAUCAAACCGUAUUUUCAAAUCUAUUUAAUGAGCAAGAAAAUCAAAAUGCCUUUUUAAAUCUAUUUAACGAACAAGAAAAUCAAAACUUACUUAAGAAUGGUGGAAGAAGACUCAUUCUGGCUAUCAUAUCAUUGAUUGUUCUUUUAAAUCAAAACUCAGAGCCAAUAUAUCGUUUGCUCUCCAAGCUAUUUUUACUUCAUAUUUACCUUUUGGAUUAUAUUACAUUGCAACUAAGAACUGUGCCAUCAAUACAGGAAGAAGAUAUUAACGGCAAUAAUAAUGUUAAUACAUUCUUAAAAAGUUUUUACAAAUGUUGUGACAAUAUAUUAGUUAAUAAUUCGCUUAAACAAGCCGUUAGCUAUUUUGAAGACGUGAAAAAUAACCUUGCAGAUUUUAUAGAUACUCGUCUCUUUAUAACUCUAAUUAAAUUACAAAAAGACGGAGUUCUUGACUUUAAUAACCUUCCAAAAGAAAUAAAACAAGAUUUCGAUAUAGCAUGGAAAAUUUUAGAACAUUACGAUAACAAAAUCAUUAAUUUUGAUGGUUUGUUAGAUAAUAUCCAAAUUAACGAAACUAAUAUUCCAAUUUAUGCAAAUAAAGAAUUAUCACUUCUCCCAUUUGAUUAUCCAUUUUUCGUCAAAAUACUUGGAGAUAUGCAAUUGGAACUUGGUGAAAAUAAUAGUGAUAUUAUUGAUUUUGGUUCUUACGGAAUGGAUGGAAAUAUACCAUAUAAUGAAAUUACUCACUGGCAUUCGGGAUUUUAUAAAUUAAAAAUUAUUGUUGAGAAAAAUGGUGAUAAAAAGUCCGACAAAAAAUUAUCCAAUAGCACAAAAAAAAAGAUCGAACAAGCUAUUAAAGAAAAAUUAGAUGAAUCAUUAAAAGAUGAUGAAAAUUCUUUUAAUGGUAUAAUCGAAGAAAUAAAAAAAUCUUCAAGUAAUGAAAAAAAGUUAACUUACUUGUGUGAUCAAAUCGACAAAGAUAAAUUUAAACAUCCGAAAAUCAAGACGAGAAUACAAGUUUAUAAAUUAAAACUUUUACUUGACCAAUGGAACGAAUAUUGUAUGAAUGCUAAUUCUAAAAAAAAGGAUAGCAAUCAUUAUGCAAUUCCUGUUAAAAUAUACCGUCAAAUCUUUCUUAUUGCACAAAAUUUUGGAACAAUCGUUGAUAAAGAUCAAAAAGACUAUUUGUCUGAAAUUCUUGAAAGAUUAGGUUUAGAAGAUUCAAAGAAUCGUCUUCUUACGAUUAUAGAUAUAUCAGAAGAAGACAAUAAUAACCAAAAAGAAAAACAAAAAGAAAAGCAAAAAGAAAAACAAAAAGAAAAGCAAAAGGAAAAGCAAAAAGAAAAGCAAAAAGAAAAACAAAAAGAAAAGCAAAAAGAAAAGCAAAUUCCGAAAUUUGAGAUGCCAAAUUCAACCAAUUCAUAUUCAACCAAUUUAUCAUUAGAUAUAUCUGAUGCAAGAUUUCAAAUGCUGUAUGCAGGACAUUUAAUGGAUCGAAAUACAAAUUCUGUUAAAGAUGAACGUGUUACUAAUUUCAAACCAGACCAGUGGCAACGUGAAGUUUUGGAUGUAAUUGACAAUAAUGAAUCAGCAUUAGUCUGUUGUCCAACAUCGUCUGGAAAAACGUUCAUUUCUUUUUAUGCUAUGGAAAAAAUUUUGCGUGAUGAUGAUGAAGGAAUAUUAGUAUACGUUUCUCCUACCAAAGCUCUUGUAAACCAGGUAACAGCAGAAGUAUAUGGCCGAUUUGACAAAAAUUAUAAGCAGAGUGGCAAGACUGUUUGGGGAAUAUAUACCAGAGAGUAUAGGGAAAAUCAUGAAAAGUGUCAAAUUCUAGUUACAGUUCCGGAAAUGUUGGAAAUUUUACUAUUAUCACCAUCUAGCAUCAAAUGGGUUUCAAGAAUUCGUCGUAUUAUACUUGAUGAAGUUCAUUGUAUAGGUGAAAUGGAUGGUGGUAGUACCUGGGAAUCUAUAUUACUUCUUGCACAAUGUCCAAUAUUAGCUCUUUCUGCUACGAUCGGAAACCCUGAACCAUUUAGUAGAUGGAUUGAAAAAAUUCAAACCUCUCGUGGAUAUAAAAUGAAAUUAAUUAAAACUACAAAAAGAUUUUCUGACCUUCAACAAUAUGUCUUUAUUCCAAAAUUUCCUCUGCGUCCUUUGAUUGAGACUACGAUCAAACCAGAAGAAGAAUUACGUCAAGAUUGCUUGAUAUCAAUUCACCCAUUUUCGGCAAUGUCUUCAGUAGUUGUUGCUGAAAGUGGAAUUCCUUCUGAUAUGAAGUUAUUACCAUCUCAUUGUAUCGAACUUUGGGAUGCGAUGAAUCAUGUCAAUAAAGAUGAUCCUGAACUUCAAAAAAUUAAUCCAGAUAAAUAUUUCAAAGAUAUUGGAUAUAUUGUAAAAGAGAAUGCUGACAAAUUUGAAGCUGAUAUCAAGGAAUUAUUUAUAUCUUGGGCUAAAGACAAAUCAAAAACAAAGAUGGUUAAAACAGUAAUUGAAAAUCUCAGUAAUGAUAUUAAAGGAAGAUUUAAUGAAUUAGAGUCUACUGCUAAAGAAGAUGAUAAAAAAUUGGAUGUUUACGAUGAGAGCUAUUUUAAAAUAGCAAUUGUUCCUUUAUUAUGUGAACUUUCUGCUCAAGAUAAAUUACCAGCUAUAUUAUUUAGCUUUGAUCGUAAUAGAUGCACUCAGUUGGCAAUCGAUAUUUUAGAGAAGCUAGAGGCUGCUGAGGACCAAAAAAGAAGAGAUGAUCCUAAAUUUGAAGCAAAGAAAAAGGAUGCUAUUGCGCAAAAAGAAAAAGAUAAAAAACAAAAUAAACAAAAAAGAGAUGCUAAGAAAAAAAAUAAUAAUGACAAUGAAGAAUUAGAUUCUCCUAUGCAAAGUAUCUUUGAUUGGGAGGCACACGAUCCAAGUUUUACUUUUGUGAAUCCAAAAUAUCGAAUACCAUCUGAAGACUUACAAGAGUUAAUUAAAACAUUCAAAGAUAAGAUGGUUGGGUCGUUAUUUAAACUUAUUGAUGCAUUAAAAAGAGGAAUUGGUGUUCAUCAUGCAGGUCUUCCGAAGAAAUAUCUUGGUGCUGUUGAGAUCCUGUUUCGAAGACGACACCUUAGUGUCGUAAUUGCAACUGGUACCUUGGCUUUAGGAAUCAAUAUGCCAUGUCGUACUACUGUAUUCGUUGGAGAUUCUGUAUUUUUGACACCUCUUCAAUAUCGUCAAAUGUCAGGCAGAAGUGGACGUCGAGGUUAUGAUCUAAUAGGACAUGUAGUAUUCUUUGGAAUCACUUUAACAAAAAUCAAAAGGCUUUUAACAUCAGCGUUGCCAGACAUAAAUGGACAUUUCCCAUUAACAACCAGUCUUGUGUUGAGAAUGUUUAUAUUACUUAAUAAUUCUGAAGAUAUAAGAUACUCCGAGAAAGCAGUUUCAGGAUUAUUUGGUGAUUCGUUCUUUUGUCUUGGAAAAGAACAUUUGUUAGGACAAAUCAAGCAUCAUUUGAGAUUUUCUAUUGAAUAUUUAAGACGUGAAAAUAUAUUAGACCAAAAAGGAAAACCAAUAAAUCUUUCUGGAAUGAUUUCACAUCUUUAUUAUACAGAACCAAGUAACUUUGCAAUGGCAGCUUUAUUUAAACAUGGUGUAUUUCACGAAAUUUGUUCUGAAAUUGGAACAAAUUCAACAAGAAUGAUGGAAAGUUUGAUGUUAAUUCUAUCACAUCUUUUUAAUAGAAGAAAAUUACGAUAUGUUGAUCGAGAAUUUUAUCGUGAAAUAUUGGAAAAAUAUCCAUCAAAGUUAUUUUUACCAGAAUUACCCGAAAAAACUAAGGAAAUUUUGGAAGAACAUAAUAAACGUAUAUUAGAAAUUUAUACUGACUAUGUUAUAACAUUUACAAGGCAGAAUAUGGAAAAUAUGGGACCAGAUAAUCGCUUACCACUUUCAAACUUCGAAUUUCCUCCAAACCAACUUGAAGACAAUACACAAGAAUGUAAUUUAAUUAAAGAAUUGAAGUCUAUGGCUAUUCCUUUUAGUGCUCGAUCACCUUUUAUUGCAAUGUGUGGUUCUAUUGGAGAUGAUUUUAUUAAUAUUGAAGAUUUAUGCGAACAUAUACAUCACAAAAUAUAUUUGGAUUUACAUAGUAUUCCAUAUAUAAAAAUCGGUGAAAAUCUUAAUGCAUAUUUAUUGGACUUCUUUAGUCAUGGACAAGAAUCAACUCUUAAUAAAGCAAACGGUAUACGUGCUGGUGAAGUUUGGCAAUGUUUGAAAGAUUUUGAUUAUGUUCUUCAAUCAAUUGUUACAUCUUUGACAGUUCGAAAAAUUGAUAGUGAGAAUGAUGUUUUAGAAGGAUUUAAGAUGGUUG